GGAAACUGGUGGGCUAUCAGUAAUUUUGGUGAAAUUACAGGAACUAUAGCUAUAGAAAUGGAUAAAGGAGCUUACAUCCAUGCCCUCGACAACGGCUUGUUUACACUUGGAGCACCACAUAAAGAUGAUGAAGGCCCUAGCCCUCCUGAACAGUUUACAGCAGUAAAGUUGUCUGAUACAAGGAUUGCUCUGAAGUCUGGUUAUGGCAAAUACCUUGGUAUAAAUUCAGAUGGACUUGUUGUUGGACGUUCAGAUGCAAUAGGAUCAAGAGAGCAAUGGGAACCUGUCUUCCAAGAUAAGAAAAUGGCAUUACUAGCAGCAAAUAGCCGUUUUAUUAGAUGUAAUGAAGAGGGAGACAUAGAAGCCAAAAGCAAAACUGCAGGGGAAGAAGAAAUGAUAAAGAUUCGUACUUGUGCUGAAAGAGAAGCGAAGAAGAAAGAUGAUGUUCCACAAGAAGACAAAGGAGAUGUUAAACAGUGUGAAAUCAAUUAUGUAAAGAAAUUCCAAAGUUUUCAAGACAAAAAGCUUAAAAUAAGCAAAGAAGAUACAAAAGCCCUUAGAAAAGCCAGGAAAGAAGGCACUUUCCAUGAAAUGCUGCUUGACAGGAGAGCAAAAGUGAAAGCAGAUAGAUACUGCAAGUGACAACCAGCUGGUCCAUUUUCUUCUGCCAUCUUCGAUGAUAGGAUCAAAUUGAAAACAAGAGUAAAAUGUUUUAUUAUUUUUUAUUGAAGG